AUGGCAAAGCAGGAGGAGAUUCUAGCUGAAAAUCAGGAGCACGUUCAAAAGGUGGAGCAGUCCGAACAAGAUGUGAUUUAUCAGACUUACGUGUCCCAAAGUCCGGAAUGGCACCGGAAGAUGACCCGACAGCUCCUCCGCAAGGUGGAUCUGCAUCUGCUACCAUGCCUCAUCGUCAUGUACUUGCUGAACUUUCUGGACCGGAACAAUUUGUCUCAAGCCCGACUGGGCAGCCUGGAGAAGGAUCUGAACAUGAAAGGGACAGACUAUAAUCUCGCGACCAGCAUCCUCUUCGUGGGAUACUUGCUCAUGCAGCUACCAUCCAAUCUCCUCCUCACACGGGUGCGACCUUCGCUGUUUCUGGGGAUCACAAUGGCCAUCUGGGGGGUGAUAUCAGCCUGUCAGGCCGCCACCCAGUCAUUUACAGGCUUGGUCCUCGCUCGAUUCUUCCUUGGCUUCGUGGAGGCCCCGUCGAGUUGGUACACCCGCCAAGAGCUAAGUCAUCGAAUUGCCUGGUUUUACGCUGGAAGCUCCUUGGCCAACGCAUUUGGCGGUUUGAUCGGUGCCGGGGUCCUGGGCAAUCUAGACGGUGCCCAUCACAUAUCAGGAUGGAGAUGGUUAUUCAUUAUUGAAGGCUGUGUCACCGUGGGAAUAUCGCUGGUGUCCAUUCUCCUUCUGCCGAAUUACCCUGCCACCACAUCCUGGCUUGAUGAGACGGAGAAGUUAUAUGCGCAAUGGCGUCUCAUCCAUGACGCGGGAGAAGCCGACGAAGCCAAGUCGAACAAUCUCCGCGAGGCGCUAUGGCUGGUAUUUUCCGACAGGCGCAUCUACCUGUUCAUCUUGCUCCAACACACCUCGCUCCUGUCGCAGAACUUCCAGUAUUUCUUUCCGACGAUCGUCCAGACGCUCGGCUAUGGGAAUAUCGAGACGUUGCUGAUCACCGCGCCGGUUUGGAUUGCCACCUUUAUGGUCUCCCUUCUCGUGACAUGGUCGUCGGGCCGGACGAACGAUCGCGGUCUGCAUAUUAUAUCGUUGAUGCUCGUCAGCGUAGUCGGAUGUGUGAUCUGUACCGCGACUACAAAUAUCGGUGCCAGAAUGCCGAUGGGUGCUGUUUCCGCCUACCAGAUCAUUAUCGCAUGGGUGGCCAAUUCCUUCCCCCGGCCGCUCGUGAAACGGUCUGCAGCGAUCGCGACGGCCAAUAUGAUUGGCAACACGGCGUCCAUCUAUGGCAGUUACAUGUGGCCGUCGUCCGCGGGUCCGCGGUACAUCGCGGGUGGUGGUGCGACGGCCGGUAUCGCGCUCCUAGUCGCGAUCCUAGCAUUUGUCAUUCGGAUGGUACACUCCCGGAUGAAUAGGCGUCUCGACAUGGCCCAAGGGAGCGAUCAAAUUGAAGCUGGCGGGUUGGGAGGACAUCAUACCGGGAUUAGAUACAUCUUGUAG